AUGCAAUUCUCUUUAUCUGUUUUUACCACCAUCGCUACUGCAUUAUUGAGCUUACCAUGCGCAGAUGCAGCCAAACACUCUGCUAAAAUUAGCAAAAUCCCUGUCGAAGAAACAUUGAAUGUUAAUACUUUCAAGGAAUAUACCAACGGAUUGGCUAACAAGUAUUUAAAUAUAUUCAAUGCGGCUAACGGAAACCCAGUUGCUUUUGGAGGCCAACACCCGGGUUCGGAGGCACAGGUGCCGUUUAUCAGUCCUACGGAGGGCAGACAUGAAGCACCAUUGACCAACUACUUGAAUGCGCAAUAUUUCACUGAAAUUCAAUUGGGUACACCAGGACAGUCGUUCAAGGUUAUUUUAGACACAGGUUCCUCCAACUUGUGGGUUCCAUCGGAAGACUGCUCGUCAUUGGCCUGUUUCUUGCACUCCAAGUACGCACAUGACUCUUCUUCCACUUACAAGGCUAACGGGUCGUCGUUUUCGAUUCAAUAUGGUAGUGGUGCCAUGGAGGGAUACGUUUCGCAAGACACCUUGGCUAUUGGUGACUUGAUUAUUCCAAAGCAAGAUUUUGCUGAAGCCACCAGCGAACCUGGGUUAGCGUUUGCUUUUGGUAAGUUUGACGGUAUCUUAGGUUUAGCCUACAACACUAUUUCUGUCAACAAGAUUGUUCCUCCAGUCUACAAUGCUAUUGAGCAAGGUUUGUUGGAAGAACCAAGAUUUGCUUUCUACUUGGGUGACACCUCGAAGAAUGAGGAAGACGGGGGUGUUGCUACAUUCGGUGGUAUUGACGAAGACUUAUACACCGGAAAAGUUGUUGAUUUACCCGUCAGAAGAAAGGCCUACUGGGAAGUUGCUUUCGAAGGUAUUGGUUUAGGUGAUGAAUAUGCCGAAUUAACCAAGACCGGUGCUGCCAUUGAUACUGGUACUUCUUUAAUCACAUUACCAUCUUCGUUAGCAGAGAUUAUCAACUCCAAGAUUGGUGCAGAAAAGUCCUGGUCUGGUCAAUAUCAAAUUGAAUGUGAAAAGAGAGAUUCCUUGCCGGAUUUAACUUUGACAUUCGCUGGUCACAACUUUACUUUAUCUCCAUACGACUAUACUUUAGAAGUAGGUGGUUCAUGUAUUUCAGUUUUCACACCAAUGGACUUCCCAGAGCCAAUUGGUGAUUUAGCUAUCAUUGGUGAUGCUUUCUUGAGAAGAUACUACUCUAUCUACGACUUAGAGAAGAACACUGUCAGUUUAGCCAAAGCCAAAUAA